AUGAGCCCUCCCUUGCGACAGUCGGCUAGCUUCUCCGCCUUAGACGCCAACAUGUCAGAGAAGUCCCAUGGCGCACGUGUCAAUGAGAACCCUGUUGUCCCCCCGAAACGAUAUUCCGAUGAAUCUAAAGAUCUUAAGGGUCCCGGUGUCUUGAGAAAAAAGUCGGGCUUUUCCGGCCUCAUGAGCACAUUGGUGGGGUCGCCCAAGAAACCCGUCAUAUCGGCGCCAGAGAACCCCGUUCACGUUACCCAUGUCGGCUACGAUAGUUCCACCGGCCAAUUCACGGGCCUACCCAAAGAAUGGCAACGCCUAAUCAACGAGAGUGGUAUUCCAGAGAAUGCUCGAAGGGAAAAUCCACAGAUGAUUGCGGAUAUCGUCACAUUCUAUAAGGAAACCACAGAGAAGCCGCACGAAGAUCAGGUUCUGGAAAAGUUCCACGAUGUGAGAGCUGCUGAGCUGCGCACCCAAUCUGGUGGAAUGGCAACAUCCCCCGGCAUGUAUGCGUCAAACUAUGCGGGCACCUUCGAGAAUCCCCGCGCCCCCCCUCCGGUACCCAUACCUGGGAAGAGCCCAGUGCUGCACUCCAUUAAGGAUCACCCCAACUUGCAGCCCAGCCGACCCGCGCCGAAACCCCCUGUCUCUUUGCAGACCCGAGCUACACAGCAACUACCUUAUGCCACUACCAAAGAUUCGGGCAUCGGUAUGGCACAGGCCAGCGAAGAUGGUCACUCGACAGGAUCCCAUGUUUCGCCACCGAAGGACGGCGUCCCUAUGCUCCCCGAAGAGCACCGAUCGAGAUCGAACUCGCGAGUCAACGGGUCUCAACCCCACACACCUGUCGGCCAAUCAUCGCCGGCCGUUCAGGCGGCUUACCAGCACCAACUAAUGCAGCAGCAGCAAGAACAGGCUAUGGCACAGGCCCAGGCUGCUAUGAAAGGUCAGCUCAGUAGGUCUGCGAGUACUAAGCAGUCACCCGCGCAGCCAAUGGCUCCGAGCUCACAGCACCAAAUGGGUCGCGUCCCUGAGGCUAAUGGUACCGGUAAUACGGCCUAUGCAGCACGCGGGCCUCCAGCGCAGCAGUCACGUCCGCGCAACCGGCCGCGGCAAAGUACUAGCAUAGACGUAGCAGCAGCGCUGAAACGUAUCUGCUCCGAAGGCGACCCUCGCGAGUUAUACCGUGGCUUUACUAAGAUUGGUCAAGGUGCAUCUGGUGGUGUCUAUACCGGCCACGAGAGGGGAUCGAAUCGACUGGUAGCCAUUAAGCAAAUGAAUUUAGAGCAGCAGCCAAAGAAAGACUUGAUCAUCAAUGAAAUCUUGGUUAUGAAAGAAAGCUCACACCCGAAUAUUGUUAACUUCAUAGAUAGCUACCUAUGCGGUGGCGAGCUUUGGGUCAUCAUGGAGUAUAUGGAAGGAGGUAGUUUGACUGAUGUUGUCACUUUUAAUAUAAUGACGGAAGGGCAGAUCGCUUCAGUCUGUAGGGAAACCUUGAAAGGCCUCCAGCAUUUGCACUCGAAAGGAGUUAUACAUAGAGACAUCAAGUCUGAUAAUAUUUUGUUGUCGUUGGAUGGUAAUAUUAAGCUCACCGAUUUCGGAUUUUGCGCGCAGAUCAACGAAGCGCAUAAUAAGCGGACGACAAUGGUUGGUACGCCGUACUGGAUGGCACCGGAAGUGGUCACUAGAAAGGAGUACGGAAGGAAAGUCGACAUCUGGUCUCUAGGUAUUAUGGCUAUUGAAAUGAUAGAAGGGGAGCCGCCGUAUCUUACAGAGUCGCCGCUUCGCGCUCUAUGGUUAAUCGCUACUAACGGCACACCGCAAAUCAAAGAUGAGCAUAAUUUAUCUCCAGUAUUCCGGGAUUUCUUAUAUUUCGCCCUAAAGGUGGACCCGGAGAAGAGAGCGAGCGCACACGACUUACUUCGGCACGAAUUUAUGAAGACUUGUGUCGACCUGUCGUCUUUAUCACCACUCGUCAGGGCCGCAAGGGAAGCCCGGCUAGAAGAGAAGGCUAAUAAGGGUCAAUAA